GCGAGGCACAGGGAAGAAAAAGGUCGCUUCGUGGAGAGCAGGAGGAGACACCCCGAAGUUGCAUCUGCCCCUCGUCCAUUCCUCCUCCUCCGGACCCCGAACCCAGGUCCGGUCGCCCAACGGCCGGAGCAGCCGCCUCUGUACCAUGACCGAGAUCACGGAGAAGGAAAAUGACCCGCAGCAGCACAACAGCGAUCCGCAGCAGAUUCCGGGCACCGCUCCCAGCCUCCACGAGACGAAGCUGCAGCGUUUCAAGCGCUCCCUCUCUCUCAAAACCAUCCUGCGGAGCAAGAGCGUCGAAAACUUCUUCCUGCGCUCCAACAGCGAGUUCAAGCUCCCCUCCGACGUUCUCCUCAGCCCCCCAGAUUCCCUGCCGCCCCCGUCUCCGCCGCCGGCCUUCACGGAGGCAGAGCACUCUCCCAGAGCGACCCCCAGGGCUCUGGCCCCCCUCAAGCCCAUUAAGACGCACAGCUUCCAAGAGCACAUCUUCAAGAAGCACAGCCCUUGCGAAAUCUGCCACCAGCUUAUCGUAGGGAACUCCAAGCAAGGCCUCCGAUGCAAGACAUGCAAAGCCAGCGUUCAUUUGUGGUGUUCAGAAGAGGUUUCCCACCAGCAGUGUCCCGGCAAGACGGCAACCUCUUUCCGACGCAAUCUCAGCUCCCCGAUGCUGGUGCAUGAGCCGCAGCCCCCGCCGGCAGCCCCCAAGGAGUCUCCCCCUACAGCAGGCCCCAGUGGAAAGGUGGACCCCAUUUACGAGACCCUGCGCUAUGGCACUUCACUGGCCUACAUGAAUCGCUCCAGCUUCAGCAGCACUUCUGAGUCCCCCACCAGGAGCCUGAAUGAGAAGGAAGAAGUGUCUGAGGACCCAGAAGGUGCUGGAAAGACAACAGAGGAAAGUCAACCCGAUGACGCAAGCCCAAUUUUCCCAGCACCAGCAGAGGGUGAGGGCACUACGUCAGAGGAAAAGAGCCCAGGGCAACAGUCAACUCAAGGCUGUGCGCGAAAGGAGAUCUCGCCCAUGUACUCGUAUGUCGCUCUCUACAAGUUUUUGCCUCAGGAGAUCAACGAUUUACCCCUGAAGCCUGGAGAUCGAAUCAUGCUGAUGGAUGAUUCCAAUGAGGACUGGUGGAAGGGGAAGAUGGGUGACCGUGUGGGUUUUUUCCCAGCCAAUUUUGUGCAGCGGGUCCGUCCGGGUGAAACAGUCUGGAGAUGCUGCAGGACUUUCUAUGGAAGUAAGGAACAGGGGCAGCUCAGCGUUAAGGAAAAUCAGAUCUGUGUUGGCGUGGGGAAGUCCAAGGAGAACGAGGGUUUCAUCAAGGUGACGAGUGGCAAAAAGCGAGGGAUGGUGCCGGCCGACGCCCUCACAGAAAUUUGAAGGCAGGAUGAGCACUCAAAGCAAGGCAGAAGAGUAUAACAGAGAUGUCAGCAGCAGCAAGGCAGGGGCAGACCUGCCUUACUCUCCAGCCCAUCCCAACCCUGAGCACCUGGCUAAUCACUAUUUCAUGGAAUCUUCUAGAUGGACUGAGGAUAUGGCUUUGGUUUGGACAAGGGAAGAGGACUGGGGGAGGGACUGGCUUGAGUGCCGGGACCCGCUGGGCUUGGACAUGUGCUCAAGCCUGCUUUUGCUUUCCACCACCCCUUUCGAAGGUCGUUUCAGGCAGCUCUUAUGGGUGCUGAGUGUGAGGGAGAUUUCCACCGCUGUAAUUCACGCCCCUUUUCCGCCCCGCCCCCCACUUUGCCUCUGGGUCACACUUCCACGGCAACAGACGCUGGUUGACAUCAGCUCGCCUGACCCGAGGGAGACUCUUUAUAUCUUGGCAUACCACUCCCUCGCGCUGCCCAAACCACUCCCUCAUUCAGACGUGCUCCCUGAUAAUUCUGUGUCGCAUGCGCCGCCCCCCCCCCCAAUGUGAAAAAGGCCUUCUCUGGGCAGGGAGAGGCCGCCUGAGUGUGUUGUCGUCCGUCUGUCCCUGUAUCAGUUUUAAAACCUUCAGGGCUGUCUGUAUAUUUGUGUGCUUGUGUAUAUAUGUGUUGGGAGGCGGCUGUCGCUCAGGAUUGGGGCAGCCCCCUGCCAAAAAAGAAAAAGGAGGCGGGACAAUUCCAUGCGGCCUCUCGUUUGUCGUGUACUCAAAGUCUUCCCCGCAGAGCCUGAGCCACAGUGAGCUCCUGGGAACCGAUAGUUACGUGCGGAGUGGGUGGGUGGGUGGGUUCCUUGAUGUGAGGUGCUGCCUUCGUUCCUGGCUCCCCGGCUAUUCCUUGACCUCCAUUUGUGCUCUCCCCCCCCCAGCAUGUGGUGGCCUACCCCCACUGCAUGACUGACAAGCCGUGUGGACCAUUUUCUCAGGGAACUUCCUCAGCUGGAUGCAUUUCUGACCUACACCGAGAAUGUCGCGGCAUUGCUCAUGUGAGGAGUUCAGAGACCCUGACCAUCCCAUCUUCCCUCACUUUUCCAGCAUGCUUCCAGCUAUUUGUCCUUUGUAAAUGUACUUUUGUAUAUAUAU